CCUUGACUCGGCUGGCCGUGACGCUGAAGGGCUCUCGUCUGGAGGCUCCCUGUUCGUACUUCUCGAGCGGUGACCCACAGCAGCUUGCACCCUUCUCUUAAUAAAAACACAUAAGCAACAUGGGAACCAGAGAAGAGGGCCACGACUGAGGAGUCAGCCUGUCCUGAAGGGAGUUGCACUCUAUUUAAAGGAGAAGUUCAGUCCAGAAGAUUCUCUAGAGAUAAUCUUGAAUGCCCCGUCUGAAAAUCUGGAGACGUUCUGGUUGUAAUUUAACGAUGGCUACCUGUGCAAGCACACUAAAUGGAACCUCUAGCUCUAACAGUGCAGAAGCAUUCUGCAAUUCCAGUGACAGUUCUUCCUUUCAGCCCAUCAAAACCCAUGUGGCCAUUCCUACAGCUCAUGUCAUGCCUUCCAUGCUGGAGAGCCCUCCCUGCAAGCCCUGUAUUGUGGGUGAAUCAAGAACAUCUCUGGCUGGCCUGACUUCCUUCCUGCCUGGCCCUUCAGGAGACAUGGCAGGGCUGGUGACAAACUGUAACGUUUCGAGGCACUCCCAGGCGUUUCCCAGGGGCCAUCUUCCUGUGUACCAGGCUUCACUGGAAAAUGGUUUUGAUAGAUCCUUGUUCCCUUCAUCUGACCAAGCAAGGACAGAAGAUGCUGAGAAAUCUGGCAGGUUUGCUGCUGAACGUACUUUUAACCAUUCUGCAGUAAUGGAAAGGCAGUCUGAUGGUCCUUGGACCCAGCUCCAAAUUUGCAAUGCUGACCUAGAAAAAGAGCCACCUAGAGUGCAGCUUGAUUCUAAGCCUACAACUGAGGCCAGCAAAAUCUGUGAAAAGCAGCUCUCCUUGGGGCUUAAUCCUGCUAUUACAUAUUCCAAUUUCACAGCUGCUCAGUCUCAAGUGUGGACACAGCAAACUUGUACACUACAUUCACAUGAGAACUGUGCAUUCAGUGCCUGGAAACAGCAUCUGGACCGGGUUCGACUGCAGCUAGAUCAGAUGCAGCUGCAAAAUAAAGCUGCUCACCACCAUCCUCUGGUGAACAGCACUUCAGUGCACUCUCUUGAUCCGACCCAGUUGGUUGGUAUUGUGAAUACAAAUGAGAAUCUACUCAGGGAGAAGGAAAUGCUCAUUGACAGGCAGAGGCAGCACAUUUCACAUCUGGAGCAGAAGGUACGAGAAAGUGAGCUGCAGGUCCACAGUGCUCUCUUUGGCCCUCCUGCCCCUUAUGGAGACAUCUACUUGCUUAGAAUGCAGGAGUUGCAGCGGGAGAAUGUAUUCUUGCGUGCACAGUUUACUGAAAAGACAGAAUCACUGAGUAAGGAAAAGAUUGAACUGGAGAGGAAACUGGCCACUUCAGAAGCAGGUGAAAAGCAGAUCCAGGAGUCUCACAGGGAGACCGUACAGAAGUAUACAGCAGAGCUGAAGAAGCAAGAAGAGAGGGUAAAGGCAAGAGACAAACACAUUGAGCAUCUUAAGAAGAAAUGCCAAAAAGAAUCUGAGCAGAAUCGGGAGAAACAGCAGCGAAUAGAGACCUUGGAGCGUUACCUUGCCGACCUUCCUGUGUUGGAGGAUCACCAGAAACAAAGUCAACAGUUAAAGGAAUCUCAGCAGAAAGUUGCAGUCUUGCAGGAAACCGUGACUGCCCUCGAGAAGGAACUUGUGGGUGUUCGUGCCAGUUGCAGAGAGAAGGAGCUGCAGCUAGAAAUGCAGAAACACAAAGAGAUGGAACUGCUUUCCACUGUGCACAGUUUACAAGAUAAAAUGCAGUGCGGGAAGACGUCAUCAGCAGAAGGAUAUGCCCAGGAGAUAGAGAAAAGAAAACGAGAGAAGGAUUCUCUGCAAAAAGAAUGUGAUCUCCUCAGGAAGAUUGUGGACAAUCAAAAGAAGAAAAUGGAUCAGUUGUCCUCACAAGUGAAGGACCUGGAGGAACAGAUUGCUCAAGAGGAGGGCACAGGCCAGGCACUGAGAGUGGAAGCUAUGAGGCAAGAGAGUGUACUGCAGCAGCUGCGCUUGGCUGUGAAAGAGUUGUCUGCACAGAACCAGGAACUGAUUGAGAAGAAUCUCGCUUUCCAGGAGCACUUCCAACAGAUUGAACUGAGCCAGCAGCUUCCCGGUGAGGUGGCCCACUUUGCUGAAGAGCUGCACAAGGAGCUGGCCAGCUGUUUGCAGGACUUGCAGUCUGUCUACAGUGUUGUGACUCAGAGGACUCAAGGGAAGGAUCCCAAUUUGUCUUUGCUGCUAGGCAUUCACUCUGUGCAGUGCUCAGUUAAAGAAAAGGGUGACUUGUUGAAGCCAGACAUGCUUGCAAAGAAGCUGGAUGAUGUCAGACAACUACACAAGGAGAUCGAGGAUUUGCGGACCGCUAUCUGUGACCGAUAUGCCCAGGACAUGGGGGAUAACUGUAUCACACAGUGAAGAGAAAAAAUAUAGGAUUUUGGGACUGAGUGAAGCUGCUGGGGAAGAGAUUCAGAAACUCUUUAAAUUAUUAUAGCUUGCGUGCCAGGUGAAGCAUAUUUCCCACAACUGGGAAUCUGAGCUUUUCUUGUGCCAUGAAUAUUCAUCUACCUUCUAACAAGGUCACUUUGCCAGCCUUGAGAGAAAUGCUGAAGGUUUGUUUACUAUAUCUGGUUCAGAUACUGGGUGAGUUGCUCAAUAGCUCCUUCUUAAAUUGACUGCUUUGCACAGGCAGGUUCUUCCACAUGCUUGCUGCUAUGUGUCCUCCUCAGCCAUGUGUCUGCUGUCUGAUGGAGAAAUAUUGGGGUGCAUGGAGAUGGCCAAUGGUAUGGCCCAAUUUGCUGUGUUUUCUUACCCAGUUGUGGGCAUAUAUGCGGUUAAGGGCACAUGGCAGCUUUAUGCAGAAAAGUAAAUUAGCUUGUCUGGCUAGCUGACUUUGUGCAAAGGUGUUCCACAAAAAGUUCGUACAUGAGGAAAAUGCAUGCCAGCAGCUCUGGGUAACUGGGAGAUUUCAUAUAAAACAUUUCAUUCAGUUCUGAAAUUCUCAGGUUUGAAAGGAACCAGCCAGAAAUCUUGAUGCUACACUGAAGUUGUACAACUCCUCGCUUGUUUAAGGGAUUUAUAACUGAAUCUGUGUCUUUACUUGCCUAAUUGCAGGGCAGAAGGGAAAUAUGACCUGUACAGUUGCACAAGUUCACAGUCACACUACACAUUUUUAACAGAGACUGUGCAGGUGCUCCUUUAAGUACAAGCUUGCCAUUCUAGAGUGUGGAUUUUCAAACAGAUGUGCCUUUUUAAAAGAUUAUACCGUUCACAAUACAGCAACAAAUAAAUUUGCCUACAUGGCAGUAGCCACCACUUUUCCCCCUCUGAGUAGCUCCUGGUAUGCUUUCUAUCCAUAGAAUCUGCCUUCCAGAUUAAAAUUUGUAUUGAUUUCCAUGAAAGACAGGCUGGUGGAAGUUUGCUGGUUAAUCACUGGCUGAGUCACUGUACAAAUCCAGAAAAUGAGGGGGUAUAGAAUGUAGGUGGGAAGGAUCAGUGUGGUCUUACAUGAUGUACGCUACUUGCAUAGAGAAAAUUUGUACCUGGGAGAAAACUAAAGUAGGUCUUUUCUCCCUGACCUGCUACUGUUCCAGUUUAGGUGGGAAUGGCGCAUGGGGAGGUGGCUUUUAGCCAUGCAGCAGUUCCCUCAGCCUUCUGAAGCAAUACAUUUACAAAUACUGUAAUGUGUAUCCUCUACCUAAGGUGCAUGAAUUACAGAUACACCUGCUAACUUAAAAGGCCUUUUAUGGGAGAUGCUUGUAUUGCCCCAUCCUGUGGCUCUGCUAUCCUUAGAAGCAUAAAACUGUUUGCAAAAUUAGUCAUUUAACAUGCAGUCCUGUGACACACCAGUAUCCACUCCUUGCUUCAAUACUCUUGUCUGAUCUAAAGGGUGCAUUAAAUCUCUCCAAACUUCUUACAGUGCACUUAAUCUAGGGAUGUACAAAUGAAUUUGGGCUGUUUUAAAAGGCAUGCUAUUGAUCAUUAUGCUGAAAUGGGGGGGAGAAUUGUUUUAGGAAAUCAUCUUGGGCACAUUUUUUUUCACUUCUGCAAUUUAUGGCAUAUUAAAAUCGUGCCUUAAAAAAAUAGAAAUUAAAACAUUAUUUUUAGUGGUUGCACUGUC